GAUUUAAGGAACUUUGACGCAAUUUGCAAAUGGCCGUGAAAAGGAUUGAGCUCGAGGGUGUAUGAAACACUAAAUGGUGGAAAAGUCCGUGAUAAAAACUUGUGAUUAACUCCUGGUUCAGUGUAGUGUUGUUGUAAAAAUACAAAAUGUGCCAAAAGGAUAGAAUCCAGUCUUAAUAGUGGUUUUAGGAAGCGCCUGAAAACCACUGGUGGAUCUAAAGAAAAGAAUUGCUGACUGUGGGGUUGGUGCAGAGUGCGUAGCGGGAGGCGCGCAAGAGUAACCGGGUAGUGAAGAGAGGAUACAAAGCUGCGCGGCACAAUGAAUGAGUUGGACAGUCUGCGCCAAGAGGCGGAAACCCUUAAAAAUGCCAUACGCGACGCCCGCAAGGCGGCGUGUGACACGUCGCUCGCGCAGGCGACGGCCAACCUGGAGCCGAUCGGGCGGAUCCAGAUGCGCACGCGCAGGACGCUGCGCGGACACCUCGCCAAGAUCUACGCGAUGCACUGGGGCAGUGAUUCGAGGAACCUAGUGUCCGCCAGCCAGGACGGCAAGCUGAUCGUGUGGGACAGCCACACCACGAACAAGGUGCACGCGAUACCGCUGCGCUCGUCGUGGGUGAUGACGUGCGCGUACGCGCCGUCCGGCUCGUACGUGGCGUGCGGCGGGCUGGACAACAUCUGCUCGAUCUACAGCCUGAAGACGCGCGAGGGCAACGUGCGCGUGUCCCGCGAGCUGCCCGGCCACUCGGGCUACCUGUCGUGCUGCCGGUUCCUCGACGACAACCAGAUACUCACCAGCUCCGGGGAUAUGACUUGCGCCCUGUGGGACAUCGAGACGGGCCAGCAGUGCGGCCAGUUCACGGGGCACACGGGCGACGUGAUGUCGCUGUCGCUCGCGCCGGACCAGCGCACGUUCGUGUCGGGCGCGUGCGACGCGUCCGCCAAGCUGUGGGACAUACGCGACUGCCAGUGCAAGCAGACGUUCCCGGGCCACGAGAGCGACAUCAACGCGGUCACGUUCUUCCCGUCCGGCUUCGCGUUCGCCACCGGCUCGGACGACGCGACGUGCCGCAUGUUCGACAUACGCGCGGACCAGGAGCUCGCGAUGUACUCGCACGACAACAUCAUAUGCGGUAUCACGUCCGUCGCGUUCUCCAAGUCGGGCCGGCUGCUGCUCGCCGGAUAUGACGACUUCAACUGCAACGUGUGGGACUCGAUGAAGAGCGAGCGCGCCGGAAUCCUCGCCGGUCACGACAACCGCGUGUCCUGUCUCGGCGUCACCGAGAACGGCAUGGCCGUCGCCACCGGUUCCUGGGACUCAUUCCUGCGCAUCUGGAACUAAACAUCGUCCCGAUACGCUCCACAAAAUAUCCCCUCAACUCACAACAUCCCCUACCCCCCUAUACAACGCACCCCGAUGAAGAUAUAUCGAUUCGAUUGGGCUGGGCGCAAAAUGCGGACGUUUUAUCGUCAAAUAAUCAAUUGAAAAAAAUCGAUGUUUCAACUAAAAAUUAAAAUUGAUGAAUACCUAUGGCGAUAAAAGUGUCCACAUUUUAUUCCCAGCACAAUAUAUUAUAUCAGUGAAAUUGAAUUUAUUCGAUUGACGAACGCAAAAUGGCGCCAUGUCUCUUCAAAAUGGCGGUCGAUUCGAAACGGCGAGUCUAGAACUUUCGAUUCUCAUAAAUUACAUUUCGGGGGUGCGCGACUAUCCCUAUUAUACUAUGUUCUGUAAAAACGCCCUGUUACCAAAUUUCGUGUAAUUAAAAGACAGGGAAUUAUUAAUUACGCACUUUCGCUUUAUUUAUUUUGUAUACAUAGAUGAUAAUCUCUUAACAAAAUGAAAGCAUUUAACUACUGGUGGGUAGUAAUGAGUAUGUCUGCACUGUUUACGAUAUAUUUGUAUGUAAUGUAAUAUUAUUAUUGUUAGCGUAGCCAUUUUGGAACCUGUCUGAACUCUGAAGACGGCGAACGCUGCUGUUUUAUUUUUCUGUGACUCGAUAUAAUUUCAACGCAAUAUCUGCAGUAUGUCUAAAAGUUACUUAUAAUUGAGAAAAUCCUAAAGAACCAAAUAUUAAUUAUUAAUGUAACAAUGUGUAAUUUAUUGAAUGAGAUUUUUUUUUGUUUUCGUCGCUAUAUCUGAUGUAAUAAUGGUAAUAUAAAAUCUUGAUGCUAAUUUAUGGUUUGUCGUGUACUUGUAUUUCCUAGGUAAGUGGUCACGUGGUAUCCUAUACGAUGCAUGUUAUAGAUUGCGUUCGUUCGGACAAAUGAGAAAGAGUGUGGUUAUGUAAGAUUCAUUAAAAUACAGACAGACAUACAAAAAAGUGUCAUUUGGACGACUAUGAGACCCAAGAUUCUUUGUGUUUUAAUCAAACAGAGAAAUCUGUCCUUUUCAUUUGUACGAACAAACAGCUAUAUCUAAAAUAGCGUAAAGUUGAGAUUGUCAUACAAGAUCUCUAUUGACGAUAGUACAUUUAACUUAUUCUUUUUUUUUUCUUGUUAUAAACAAUUUUAAUUUAUUGUAACAUGAUAAUUGACAUAUUUUAUGUUCUGUUACCAAAAUAUAUAUAUAUUAUUUAUGACACGACCGAGUCGGCUUUAAAAUAUCACAAUAAUUAUAAACUUUUUAUUGAUUAAAUAUUUAAGUUUCGAUAAAAAUGGAUCAUUGAAUUAAACACGAUAUGUACGCUUUACAUUAUAAUGUACAAUAUUAUGAAUGUAACAACUAUAGGUGUACUCAAUUGGUAAUCAGUGAAGCCGAUCAACCCAUUUAAAUUUUUCAAAUUUACUAAUAUUCACAGAAGUAAAACGUUAUACGUUACGUAAUUCGGUAAACGUUGUAUGUAUUUUAAAGUUUUAUAUGUGUAUCUGGUACAUUUCACCGAAGUACUUAUUAUCACACAACAUUUUCGAAUCAACAUACAAGAUCUAUGUACAAUCGUCAACAUUUUGUUCAUACAACGGGACACCAACAUCGCUCGUCCCGAGUUCAUUUUCCUAGAUUAAGCUAUUUUUAGGAAAUAAGGGUUUAAAAUAUUAAGGCAUUUGUAACUUGAACAUUCUGUGUUGCUAUUUAAUAUGGAACAGAUCACUCAUGUUUUGUUGUGGUUUUCACACUUUCGGUGAGGAAUGUAACCUUUUUGUGGCAGUAUUGAUUUUUUAAUUAAGCACAAAGGUUUUAUUAUGACGGCUUCUUUUGUUUCGUCGAUGGAUGGUUGUCGCGCUAUUGUUUUUUUUUUUUAACUUAAGCCUUUGUCUUAGAUAGGUUACAAUAUAAUAUGUAGGUGUUUAUAUUAUAAGGCAGACGCGAUAAGAUGAAAUUUAUUCCUCAAUGACUUUGAACUCUGUUUACUUGCUACCGAUAUCUGCACAAAACCCGUUACUUACAUAUAGUUUUUAAAUUCAUGCUCAAAAAAUCAUUCGCACAAACGACGCGUAACGAUGUGAAAUGAACACACAAAUUAGUUUUUUUGAAUGUUUUACAGUCGCGGAUUUUUGUAAAAUACGGGCAUAUCAAAAAACUUUCUGAUAUUUUAAAAUUCCACGCACAAUUUAUUUUCUGGGUUCACCCUCUCGUCAUUGAGCAAAUCUAUCUAACACACGCAUCUAUUUAUCUUUGUAAGAGUGUUUCGCAUUGUGAGUGUUGUAUUAUCUGUCCAAUCGAAUAACAACUGUCAACAGUAUUGGCGGGAAACCGCCUUACCGCGGCCAUCUUGUCACCGCGUUGGACAGAUAAAUAAUUGGCAAAUGGAAUAAGCUAUGGUCUGCUAGAUGUACGCCUAGGAUAUAAGACUUUUUUAAAAAUAAAAGUUGUUUUCUACUGUAACGGCUUCUUUUCAGAUCGAUGUACUAUAACAUACGGUUUUGCAUUAUUAUGUAUAAUAUAUUAUAAUUAAUAUGAUAUGAUAUUUAAUGAAUAGUUUGAUGAUGGCUCCUAUUUGGUUUAUAUUUUCUAUUCAGACCAAUUUUUCUCACUUUUACAUGGACUGCCAUAUAUUAACCUGUAACUGUAUAACUUAUUGUAAUCCUUACAUAAAUACGAAGGAAUCCAAGUAAAUCAUCAUGAAAUUAUACGUUGACAGUUGGAAAGUUUUCAGUGAACAGAGCGACACGGCAGAGCGUUGGCCAUUGGUCGGUUACGUGACUCGGCGAAACAUCCAAGUGUUCAUUGAACAUUUUUCAGUGUUCAUUAGAAAUAAGGUUUCAGUGGUAUAUAUCCUCGUCUUAAUGAUUAGGAACUUGAUAAUAUGAUUGAAUCGUAAAACAGUUUCCUUCGAAAUACACUAAAAAUAAAAGAAUUUGUAUAA